UGAGCAAUUAGCUUUGAGCAGUGACAUUUACACGUCUUCUCAUGGCGAAUGGAUACAAAGACACGUUGUUUUCUCGUGGAGGUGUACAGAGUGAUGAUUCUGAUAUAUGGGAUGACACAGCAUUGAUAAAGGCUUAUGACAAGGCAGUCACAUCAUUCAAGACUGCCCUUAAGGGCGAUGAAGAGCCAGAAGCCUCCAAGAAAAACCUACCAGGAAAAAAACGCAAGAACAACAAGAAGAACCAGAGCAGGAAAAGAACCAAUACAGAUAAAGAGGUGACUAACUAAAGACUACUGAUUUAUUUGUAUUUAUUUAU